AUGUGCACCUCUUUUGACGCCGAGAUGCUUACUGAUGCAGAGUUCUCGCGUCUUUUAGACAUUUCGCUAGCGCCUUUGUCGAAGUCAUUCCAGCACGCUUUGCCCAUUAGCUACGCGACAGGUGGGCCUGGUGUUCCAUUGGAAGGCGAUCCGUGGUGCGGGCGCUCUUUUCCUUCCCUUUCGCAACGGCGGUCGGUUUCAAUGGGGGCGGCUUCAAAGGGAUGUGAUGCUGUGAGAAGAAGCGUGCACGAAGGCGACGAAAUUGCUGCCGAGACGGUACUGCGAGCUGUUGCGAGAACUGGGUGCGAAACUGCCGUUGAAGGGUUGCAGCAGUGGCUGGAACGUGCGAGACACGGAAGGCAGAUGGGGGAGCGGUGCCUUAGAGUCCUCAAGGGCUUGGUUGACUGUUUGGAUUCAAUGCGAGGUGUGACGGUAGCUGUGCAGGAACAAAGCAACAAACUCAGCAGCAACGCGUCCGAAUUAAUGGUGCGCAAAGCCCGGCUUGAGAUGGUGCAGGAGGAACUUCAACGCAUGAUCAAACACUUUUCGCAUAUUGAUGCUUUAGUGAGAGAGGUAGAACAACAGACCCUGUCAGCGACGUCGCAACGUUACUCCAGCAUAUUGCAAGAGAUGGAAGAGGAGAUGCAGUUUCUCACAUGCCACCCCCAGUUCCUAUCGACGAAAGCGUACACGACGAAGCUUGCUGCGGCGUACCAACAAGCUUAUCAGUGCUUAAAGGAUGCCAUUAUUUUUUCCAUACGCACCGCUCAAAAUUGCACCCUGUCUGCUGAUGUCUAUCGUUCUAUUUUCUACGGCAAUCAGCAACGACAUCAGGAGGGACAGGAAACAGUUACUCCGAGUGUGGAUACUGGCAGCAACCCCCUUGUGAUGCUCCUUCAAGCGGUACUUGGCGGUGAUAUGACAUCAGCACAUCACUUGAUGGCGGGUAUGCUUGCUAGCGUUGACAAUGUUUUCUGCGCCAGACUGAACGAGAAGGCUUCCUUACGGCGUUUGAUGGAGGCGCACGGCGGCGGCCGUCAACCGUUUGAAGAGACAAAUGAUGAUGACAUUUUUGACACUUAUCGUGAUGCCCGUGUUCUUAUCAUUGGCCCUGUGCUGAAAAACUGGCUGGAAAUGAUGUGUGGAACCAGUGGCGGGAGCGUUAAAGAGGGAAACAAAACCGUCCCACAGUUCGUCGGUCAUCUUGUAGGGAUGAUGAAACUUGCUUUGGAGCAUGAGAAAGAGGUUUUUGACGGCGUUUGGCUUCGUGAAGAUUUCAGUGCUCGCCUUUUUCCUCAAAUCGUCUCUGACAUUUCCGGGGAAGAGUACCACGUAUUUCGUUCACAUUUGCUGCAGGUGGAUGACCUGGAGGUAUUGGCUCAGACAAUUGAAGAGAUACAGCGGGCGAGCGCUAAGCAGUAUAGUUCAGCGGAGUUGAGCGGCCUCCUUACCAAAAUGAUUCAGGAUACACAGGAGCGACUGGUAUUCCGCACUAGUGUUUUCUUGCGUCAUUCUAUUUCACAGUACACCUUGACAAGAGAUGCAGCACAGCAGUUCCUCAAUCAUGAAGCAUCAGCGAGUGACACGUACAUUCCUGCACUUACGAACUGCGUAACACUUCUGCAACUUCUCUAUCCAUCACUGGAGUUUCCUAUUUUUUCCGUGUUUGCGGAGGAGGCCAUCAACUGCACACUACUCCAAGUGCAGGAGCUGUCUAAGUUGGUUGGGCAGCAAGCUGUCGAGCAUGCCCCGUUGAAGGGUAUUCUGUGUCAACUGAGGCAUCUGCUUCACCUCCGUGACGAGCUUUCGCUUAUCGACGAGAAUAUCAUCGUGGUGGAGAAGGGAAUUGACCUUUCAAAAAUCGCUUUGCGCCGGUUGGAGAUUGUGCAGUCGUCGCGGGAGUCCAAGAAAGAUGUAGAGAGUGAGAUCAAACUCUGCACGGAACGUGCUGCACAGGCGAUACUUACUGCGGCAUCAUCCCCGCUGAUUGGGAUUGCGAGAAAAGCACCCGGUGCGGUUGAACCCGCUGUGGAAUGUGCCCGUCGAUUGCUUGCCGACCAGGAGGAAUUGCUCACGAUAUUUAUUACUCACGCUUCAAUAAGGAACGCUAUUAUGGGUCCUGUGCGGUCGCGCAUGGAUGAACUGUUGGCAGAGGCCGACACCAUUCGGCAACAACCGCAGGAACGACGUGAAUGA